CGUCCAUCCCUUAUUUUAAACGCACCCCCGUCCCUCCCUUUCUCACGCAAAAUUGCUCUUCUGCUCUCUGAUGGCUGGUGGAAGGAGGAGUCCUCUCCUCUUCCAAAAUCUCAUUGUUUGAAAUGUAAUCGAGGGGGGAAAUGAACUCCAACCGCGGUGAUUUUUCCUCUCUUUGCAUCGUCGUCCGACGAGAUCUGUUGGUUUUGGUACGUCGCGCGGGGUAGAAGGUUGAAGGAGAAGCAGGAAGGUUGCGAUUUUCGGAUUCGUGGAGCAGAUUAAAGGUUCUUUGACUUCAGAAUCGAACCCUCGAGAGCUUCUUAUUAUAUCUCGCAAAUUCCGGAUUUACGCCGUGUUCAUGGUGGUCGAGCUCUGGAUUGACAAGAUGCGGACUUCCGUCGCUGUCGUCUCCUCCACGACCAAGAAGAAGAAGAAGAUGAGCGAGGAGUCAAAGGCGCCGCCUUCUACCGCCACCGUCGGUAUACUCUCCUUUGAAGUAGCCAGCGCCAUGUCUCGUGCCGUUAGUCUGUACCGCUCCCUUUCCGAAUUUGAAAUGGAGCGGCUCCGCUCCCAGAGACUCGCAUCCCAUGGCGUCCGCCAUCUCGUGUCCUCCUCCGACUCCUUUCUUCUAACACUGGCCCUCGCCGAGAAACUGGACGACCUCAACGGAGUCGCUGCCGUUGCCUCCCGCCUCGGUCGCCGCUGCUCCCAUCCCGCACUCGUUGGAUUUGAGCACGUCUACUCCGAUCUCCUCGCCGCCCGCAUCGAUCCUUCCGGCCUUGGUUUCCUCUCCAAGGACAUGGAUGGGACUAUCCGCAAAAUGGAACGCUUCGUAUCCUCUACGGCUGCGCUCUAUGCCGAGCUCGAGGUUCUUACGGAGCUUGAGCAUGCUGCGAAGAAGAUUCAAGAAAAUCCUGUGUACGACGAGAGUCGCCGGGCCUUUGAUCAAAAAAUCCAAUGGCAACGGCGCGACAUCAAGCGCCUUCGUAACUCUUCACUUUGGAAUCAAACUUACGAUAAGGUCGUCCUCCUCCUCGCGCGAGCUGUCUGCACCACUCAUUCACGGAUAUGCCUUAUGUUCGGGGAGACAAUUGGGAGCUUGGAUUGCUUAGUUACUGAUCAAACUUGUCAGCUUUCAGGCGAAAUCUUUACUUACUCUCACCACCCAGUUCAUUCUGGUUCUCUAAGAUCAGAUUCCAUUGAAAGAAAAUCUGAACAGAUUCCUAAGUUGCCUUCUGUCGCACUCAGUAGUGUGAAUUUUAGGAGGGAAGGCCCCCAGUUCAGUUGUGGGACGAGCCCCAGCAGGCUUUUCAUGGAUUGCUUAAGUUUAGGUAGCUCUACUGAAUAUAGAGGAAGCAGUGAGCAAUUCGAGAGCGAGAGUUGGCUCAGCCGACCUGCAUUUGGUGCUUUGGUUCCAUUUAGUAGUGAAAUGUUGCAGAACAUUAGUGGGAAGAAGUCAGCAUUUGGGCCAAUGACUAAACUAACGAUGCUUGCCCCACUCUCUACUGUGGGUGGUUCAGCUCUUGCCUUGCAUUAUGCAAACAUAAUAAUUAUCAUAGAAAAGUUAUUGAAGUAUCCACAUUUGGUUGGGGACGAUGCAAGAGAUGAUUUAUACCAGAUGUUGCCUUCAAGCUUAAGAGUUUCUCUUAGAAAGAACUUGAAAUCGUAUGUAAAGAAUUUAGAAAUCUAUGAUGCUCCUCUUGCGCACGAUUGGAAAGAAGCUCUUGGUGAGAUUUUAAGCUGGCUUUCUCCCAUGGCUCCUGAUACGAUUCGUUGGCAAACUGAACGGAACUUUGAGCAACAGCAAUUAAUAUUGAGAACAAAUGUUCUAUUGCUCCAGACUUUAUAUUUUGCUGAUAGGCAGAAGACAGAGGGAGUUAUAUGUGAACUUCUGGUUGGGUUGAACUAUAUUUGCAGGUAUGAGCAGCAGCAAAAUGCUUUGUUGGAUUGUACAAGCAGUUUGGAUUUUGAUGAUUCUAUGGCAUUGCACAUGCAAUUUGUAUCUUCACUCAAUUGUGAGUCAUCAGAUUUUAAAUAAGGAUCUGGUGUUCGCAAAUAUCUUCCUAUUUGUGCAUCCAAUGAAAGACAAUGAGUUGUUCGUGCCCUUUUGUCUAAGGUAUAAAAAGUUCAUUUGGUUAAUA